AUGGCUUCACCUUUACUGGUCGGAGCUGGCGUUGCUGCUGCCGCUUUAGCGGGAAGAUAUUUCAUCAAACAAGCGGGAAAGAGUGCUGCAGAGAAAUGGGCUCAAGGAGGAUUUAGGGCAAAAAUGGAUCGAAAGGAAGCUAUUGCAAUCUUGGGACUCAAAGAGGGACCCCAAUUACGCACAAAACUGAAAGAUGCCCACCGGCAUAUAAUGCUCGCUAAUCAUCCAGACAGGGGAGGGUCGCCAUACCUUGCGAGUAAAAUAAACGAAGCUAAGGACUUGUUGGACAAGCAGGAAGGCAGACGGUAG